AUGAACGUUACGGACUUGAGUUUGGGCCACGAGCCCUUGACAGCAAAGGAACUCACAAACAGGGCGACUGAGUUUGGUUGGAAUCCGCUAGUUGGCUUCAAGUACUGGGCCCGAGCCGCGGAAACCAUCCACCAUGAAGCCCAGGUGUACCUGCGCGAGGGCAAUUUGCCCCAGACCUACCUCCUCCUCUACCGAUACUCCACGCUUGUCCUCCACUAUCUCAGCAAACACCCCCAAGCGAAAGAGCUGGAGUCGCGACGAGCCAUCCAACAACUCGGAAAACGCCUCCCGCGGGUUAUAGAAACGCUAGAAAUACUGCGACCCGAGAUUGACGAUAAUUACGACCGAUGGAGGAAGAUUUCAGCCGCCGAGCGAGACUUGGCGCAAGAUAGGAAGCAGCUGACCUCCGGUUCAUCAACUUCAUACGCCAAGCACGCGGCAAGAGACCCGGCCUUGUCAUGGAGUUACAGCUCGCCGGCCGAUGUCCUCGACGUCCAGGAUUACCAAGAUCUUGCGGUGGACCUUGCGAGGAAAGAGAUAAGGAACCGGCGUAGGAUUACUGCUGGAGAAUCAGAGAGGGAUAGCUCUAGGAUCGGGCGAUGGGGCACCUUGCGAACAGAACAGGAACGCAAACCUGCGCCUGAGCCAUACAUGGAUGACGAUGAACUACGGAGGCAAAUGGAAGCUACCCGACGGCAACUUGACCGGAGCGAUGACUAUGCGAGACCUUAUGACGACGACCGAGACUACGCCCCGCCGUCAAGCUACUACUACCCAUCAAUCAACAAAUCUGCCCGCAGAGAUUAUGAUUAUGAGCGCCCUGUAUCCCGAGAGCGCCUGGAUGGGCCUAGGCCCCAACCCCCACGACCUCCAAAAGAGAGGGAUGACUGGUCUCCUCCCCCAGGGCCACCGCCAUGGCCCGACAAGGGCUUCCAUCAGGAGAGGGACUCUUCGCUGUUCCCACCUCCCCGACCGGGUAAGGAGCUCUUGGCCCCGAGUACGGCCUCCGAGUACAAUACACCGGACGAGGAAGCGCCCAUUGUCCCCGCCAAAACCCCCGCCGAGUCUUCCGCGGAAAGCGACAGACGCGUGACCUUCCGUCCGGCCGCCUACCUGGAGAAUGGCGAUCCCGUCAGGCCUGUCUUCCUCCCGAGCACUCUCCGCGAGCGGUUCCUACAGCUCGCAGCACCCAACACCCGCCGAGGUUUGGAAAUGUGCGGCACGCUGUGCGGCACUGCGGUCAACAAUGCGCUCUUUAUCUCGCACCUGGUGAUCCCGGAGCAGACGUGCACGUCAGACACGUGCGAGACAGAGAACGAGUCGAGCAUGCUCGAGUACUGCAUUACCAACGAUCUGCAGGUCAUCGGGUGGAUCCAUACGCACCCCACGCAGACGUGCUUCAUGAGCUCGCGCGACUUGCACACGCAGGCUGGAUACCAGGUGAUGAUGCCGGAGAGUAUUGCGAUUGUCUGCGCGCCGAAGUCCGAGCCUUCAUGGGGUAUCUUCCGCCUGACCAACCCACCCGGCCUCCCUCACCUUUUGUCGUGCCAGCGCAGCGAGACCUUCCACCCGCACUCGGUUGACAACCUCUACGUCGAUGCCGGGCACCCGCAGGGCCACGUCUAUGAGUCGAGGUCCCUCGAGUUUGAGGUGUGCGAUCUGCGUCCGGGGCACUAG